AUGAUACAAUCAGCCAAGGUGCAUUAUUAUAUAUUAGUAAUGGAAUUUAACCAAAAUACAUAAUGUGGGGAGUUAUAAAACCUGAAAUACUAUUAUUUAACAAAUUUAAAGAAUUUCAUAAGAAAAGAAUGUUAAUAUCAAGAUUAUUUACAGAAACACUUGAAGAUUGGUAAUCAUUAACUAUAGAAAAUUAAUAGGUUUUUUCUUAAGCCAGAUUCUUGAACAAACAGUAAAUAAAAAAUAUUCAAAAUAUCCUUCAGAUACAUAAAAGAAAUAAGCAAGUGAAUAAAAUUAUUUUAAAUUGAAAGGAUCAUAUGAUUAAAAUAAUUUAAGAAUACUUGAGUUUGAUUAAACUUUAUAUAAUCAAUUAAAAUUAGAAUUUGAAUCUUCAAAUCCUUUACGUCUACUUUUUGGAUGUGACAGAGCUAGAGAUAUAUAUAAGUUUUCUCUUCUUAAAUCAAUCGAUGUGAAGAGAUUUCAAAUUAAAAUAGUAAAAUGA